UCGAUAAACAGCGUGACAGAGAGUGGCGCGGCGCCGGCGCAACAGUCCGCCACCAGUCUGGUGCCACAGGUCGCAGAGAGCGCGUCGGCCUGCCGAUGCUAAAGAGAAAUCGCGAGUGGAACCAGUGCUCAACAUCGUAACAAUAACAAUACGAAUUACUCAAAAUGGAGAUGCGGGAACAUAAGGAAGAAAAUGGAACGAAGGCCGCUACCACACCAAACGUGGACUUAAUCCAAAAAAUAACAGGAUCUUUCGGCAAAUAUCAGCUAUGGCUGUGCCUGCUUAUAUUUUUAACGAAAUUCCCAGUAGCCUUCCAUCAGAUGGCUAUCAUAUUCCUGGCUCCGAAAGUGGAAUACACGUGUCCGGACACAAACGCCGAGACUUGUCCAUGUCCGAGUCCACAGUACAAUACUUCUAUAUUCACUAAUACGAUUAUAAUGGAAUGGGACUUGAUUUGUGAGAGGAAAUGGAUGUACAGCAUGACGCAAACAUUAUUUCAACUUGGGACACUACUUGGCAGCGUGUUCUUUGGGAUGGCGUCUGACAGAUUCGGACGGAAAAUUCCGUUGCUGGUGGCUGUAGUCAUCCAGGUGACGAUGGGGGUGGCAGCUGCUUAUAUAUCUGAAUUCUGGACAUUUACCUUUUUCCGUUUCCUCGUGGGAAUGUCUGUCGGAGGCACUAUGGUCACAGGAUUCGUCAUAGUGAUGGAGUUCGUCGGCACUCAAUACAGAGACGUCAUAUCUGCCCUUUAUCAAGUGCCUUUUAACUUGGGUCACAUGUUGCUCCCAGUAUUCGGUUAUUUUCUUAGAGAUUUUUCUGAUUUUCAACUCGCAAUAUCAGCACCAACAAUAUUACUGUUAACCUUCUUCAUCCUUGUGCCAGAAACUCCUCGUUGGCUGAUAGCCAUGAAGAGGACAGAUGAGGCCAUUAAUAUCUUAGAACGCGUCGCUAAAAUAAACAAUCGUCCAACCGACAAAAUACGCGCCGACGUAGAGGCUUACCAGGCGGAAGUAGAGAAGCAUCAACUGAAAAAGGGAAACAUUUUGGAUCUCUUCAGAACACCAAACCUAAGGAAAAACAUAAUAGCAAUGUCGUUUAAUUGGUUAACAUGUAGUUAUUGUUUUUAUGGUGUGUCUCAGUACGUAGGACAACUAAGUGGUAAUGUUUUUGUGAAUGUAGCUGCUAGUGCAAGUGUGACUCUACUUGGUACUUUAUUAGCUAUUCCACUGCUAAAAGUUAUGGGUAGAAAAUAUAUUGUAAUAGUUUUUAAUUUUAUUUGUGCGUUAUGUUUGUUGAUAUUAUCUGUGAUACCGGAGGGCGCGGGCUCGGUCGUGUGCGCAAGUAUAGGAGUGGUGGCUAGCUUCAUAGUGUUUGUUGUGGUGUAUUUGUAUUGCACAGAGUUGUUCCCCACUGUAGUGCGUAACGCAGCGUUAGGAUGUUCUUCGAUGAUGGCGCGGGUGGGCUCUAUGAUAGCGCCCUUCGUGGUGGAACUCCGCGGCCAGGCGCGGUGGAUGCCCCCCGUGGUAUUCGCGAUACUGCCCCUCAUCGCAGGAUGUGUCACCUUCCUUCUGCCCGAAACAAAAGGUUGUGAACUGAUGACCACUAUUGAGGAAGGUGAGCAAUUCGGCAAAAAAGUCACAUCUAAAGAAAAAAGUAAUGAGAAAUGAAUGUCAAAGCCGAUUUGUCUCAAAAUAAAAAAAUGUGUUGUGGAUUAGUAUUUAUUUAUAAGUACUUAUGCAUAUUCAAAAGUUUUUGGAUCUACUUACAUUUGCGCAUUUUUUAUUCAUAAAACACUUAAGUAAUUGACUUCUUAUAAGUGUUACGCGGCGCAAAUAUUUCAUUAUUAACGUUGGGACAACAAACCAAUUAUGAUUCGUAGGAAGUUGACCCUAAUUGUUGAUUUAUUAGUUGUGUGAUUUAUUUCACAUACCUAGAUAUUUAUUUCUGAUACCAAUCAAUAAGACAUUCAUUAAUCAUUUGUUUUAUAUCUUUACGUAAAAGUGCAAAACGCAGAUCAGAUGUAACUAAGAAAUAUUUAUUAUGAACAGCACUUGUUUUACAUUAUAUCACUUUAUGAUUCUGUUUGUUGUAUAAUUUCUGUAUAUAUAGGUAGUUUGUAUAAAGGUAAUCUCUUAAAAGUGUUUAGAUAACGCAGACGCACUUAAAUGAACUUAUUUAAUUAGGUUUUAAGGUAGAUAGGAUGAAUGUACAUACAACGUGAGCUAUUGUAAAUGUAGAGACAAAAAGAUUAUCUUUUCAUAAAAAUGUAUCUCACAAUGACAUAGUUGGCGUUUUACUGUGAUCUUGUAUCUUAUAGUAUAAACAUUCCAUAUCAUACAUUUCAUAAUAUUAUCGUAAUCACUAUCUUAUAUAACUUUAUCUCAAGUAUAUUGCGACAAAUGCAAUGUAUUUGUAUAUAAUAUAUUGUUACUCUUAAAUACCCGCUUAUUUAAAUGUAAAGGUAAAAGUUAUUAUAAUACCGAGCAACUUACAUUGUUUUGUAUGAUUUAAAUCAAAAUCAAAUCACGAAAUCUCGACUCGGCGGAAAUGUUCACUUUACAGGGAUUUCUAAAGUUGUUUUUCAAAUUUCCGUGACUACUGGUAAGUACCCAACAAUACAUGAUAAAUCACAUGUAAUCUUCUAUAAUAAAGAUGCAGUUAUGUAUUUACGCAAGCACACAAUUGCUCUAAUUUUCUGUAAAGGCGAACGCAAGUUAGACUUUAUCUAGCGUGCUUGCGAUAAAUGACGUAUUACUUACAAUGCACAAUAUAAUGUACUUUAUGACACAAAGUGGAAUAAAAUAAAAAGACAAAAA